CAGCCUUUCGCCCGGAGUGAGCUGCAGCAGCUCCAGCAGUGUGCGACCCUCAAAAGGAUGCGCGCACUAUGACACAAUGGCAAAGACAGAGAGCGUGAAAUAUUUCGCAAUACGCAUUGCAUACUUUUGAACAUGACGUUGUUCAUCAAGGCCUCGUUGCCCGUUUGAACGAGUUUUGCAGGCGAUUAGAAGUCGUCAUAAAGUAGUUGCUCGGCGUCAAUGAUAUCUUCGCAUUUGUGGCUCGAUAAACUUGUUAAUGGGAAGUUGCUCAGUUCACUUUGUGUUUUGAAAUGCUGGAUCAGUUGGGUCCGCAGCGCGCUCAUGUGAGCCCAGAGCGCCAACCCAUCCGACCCAAAGGGAAGAGCGCCUCGCCACUGGCAGCAGCAGCGGGGAUGGAAAACAGCAGCGCCAAUAAACCGAAACAAACUGGGCAGGCUUCAUUCACAAAGAAGCUUCUCGUAUGUUCAGACGUCCUGUGCCUUUUUUUAGUUUCCACCCCUUUCUUUUUAAGUGAGCUAAAGGCUGUCAGACCAUACACCAGAGGUUUCAUUUGCGGAGACAGCAGCAUUGCCUACCCACAUCUGCAGUCUGAGGCCAUACCAGACAAACUGCUCAUUGCUGGCGGUCUCCUUAUCACGGGACUCGGGAUCACUGUAGGGGAAUGUUACCGUGUGCACUUCCAAGGCGUCAACUCCAAAGCCUUUGUCAGGAACAAGUACGUGUCUAGUCUCUACAAGGAGUUGGGCUCCUUCCUGUUCGGCUGCUGCGUCGGCCAAUCCCUAACAAACGUGGCCAAGCUGUGCAUUGGCCGACUGCGGCCGCACUUCUUGUCUGUGUGUGGUGUCACCUACGCGUCACUCAACUGCACGGAAGGAGCUUACUUGGAGUCUGUCAGAUGCCACAAUACUGACUACCGCUCUAUAGAAGAGGCCAGAAAGUCCUUCUUCUCCGGGCAUGCCUCUUUUGCGAUGUACACAAUGCUGUAUUUAGCUUUUUAUCUUCAAGCACGGUUGACAUGGCGUGAAGCCCGCCUGCUGAGACCUGUGCUGCAGUUUCUUUUGUUUCUGCUGGCCAUCUACACAGGUCUGACCCGCAUCACUGACAACAAACACCACCCGUCGGACGUACUUUUCGGCUACAUAAUUGGAGCCCUCACUGCAUACUGGGUGGCCUUCUACAUCUCUUCCAUGUUUAAGAGAGCUAGCUUAAAUCAGUCUCAAGUUGAAUCCCAGAAUGAGCACACAUCAGCACAGCACAGCGUCUGCUAAAGCUGACCUCCACCAUCCCUCCCAGCAUCCGUCGGCAAGUAGCCUGUGUGAAUCCCAAGCACGUAGGACUGUGAAGUUAUACCUCGGUAUUUUGGACAAGACUGUCAGUAAUGGGUGGGGUGGAGGGGGGGUGACGUACUGAAUGUGACAGAAAAGCGUACACAGCUAUAGUGUAAAAUUCAUCUCUGCGAUAGCAGUUUGAAAGUCAUCGUGACAGUGCGUUGGCGUGUUAAGAAGAAUAGUGUCUGUUGUCAUGGCAACAACCGAUUUCCUACAUUGACUUUUAUGCAUCAGAGGACCAGCCAGGACAAUGUUGGUUUAAAGACACCAUGUUGUAACAGUGUUGUUUUGCUAGUAUUUGGCAGGUGCAUUCACCGGCUUGCUGCUUUUAGCUUCUGAAGGUUUCAUAAUGCUGCCACUUCAUGUUUAUCAAAAAUGUAUAGAACACUUGACAGCUGUACUAGAAGUAAAGACAUGUUUCCUUAUUACUGCUUUAAGUAAUGUGCACCUGACCUUGUGACUCGGUUGAAAUGACUGCGUCAAUCAUUACAUGUACAUUCAACGUCUUGAUCUGAAAGAGCGCUUAUUUUUGUGCGACCACCAUGAAAAUAUUCUGUCCAUAUCAGUGAAUAUUCCAAGCCUGUCUGUCGACAUUCUGCAAGUAUCUUUAUUGAUCUUAUCAAGAAUCGGAACGACAGUUUUAAAAUAAUCUGAAAAAUAUGUCGAUUUUACAAUAUGGCAUGACUGCUCAUAGAAUACAUAACAAACCUGGUGUUCACGCAUCAUUAAAGCUUUUUAUUUAUGCUUGUUCGCAUCUUUUAUAUGUACUUGAUUUUCUUAUGCAGAACAAAUGUGUACUACAUUUACUGAUUUUACAAUUUGUGAAUUAAUCCCAAUUUUUGGACAGUUGUGUGUUGUUAAAGGUGGAAUUUACAAUUUCAA